AUGAGCGGCAGCAGCAGCAGCACUAGUGACGUCGCCAGCAGCACGAGCACGAGCGGCCUGCGGUCGCCCGAGUACGUCCUCCGGCGGCCGACCGUCGCGUCGCAGUGGCCCGACGACGUCGACCUCGACGCGCUGUACGUGUCGGAGCGCCUCGAGGUCGACGAGAUCGUGCGCAGCGCGUCGGACCUGAGCGUGUGGACCGUCGAGACGCGGCGGGACAGCACGACCGUCUACCUCCACGCGAAGAACAGUGAGCGGCUGUCGUACUCGGUGCGCGCCGAGACGCGCGUGUCGGGCACUGUCGCCGACGUGCUCGAGUGCCUCCGCGCGGCCGACAAUGCCAAGUUGCGCGAGUUUCAGAAGUUGUUGCACCCACGGAAUUUUCUGGACGGUGAAGUUUUGUACGCACACGAAGCCGAGGCCGCGUGCGUGCAACCGGCGCCCGCGCUCGAGUCCAUGACGCUCAAGUGGCUCGUGUACUCGUCGCCCAAGACGCUCGGGCGGUCGAAGGAGUUCUGCAUCCGCGAGUACUGCGUGUUGCUGCCGCAGCACCCCGUGCACGGCCACGUGGGCGUGCUCAAGUUCGAGUCGUACGACGGCGCCGCCGCGCGGUACGGCAUUCGCGGCAAGUCAGAGGCCUACAGCCUCACCGUGUUCGAGCCCAGUUCGUACGUCGUGCAGCAGACGGCAGAGGACCCGUCGAUGGUGACCGUGACGCUGACGCUCGCGAUGCGGAAAGCGCGCGGCGGCGAGAGCAUCUCGGCCGGCGUGCGGCUCACGUCGCUGCGGUUGGCCGGCGGGCUCCACGGCCUGCAGACAGCUGUGCAGCAGGCGCUGUUUGCACCGGCGGCGCUGGCGCAUCGCCAGGAGUGGGUCAACGACGCCAAGCGGACCAACUGCUCGCUCUGUGUGCAGUCGUUCGGUCUGCUGAAGCGGCGGCACCACUGCCGCAUCUGCGGCGAAGUCGUGUGCUCGGCGUGCACAGUGUUCAAGCGCGUGAAAGGCGACCAGGAGGUGGCGGCCAAAGUGCGCGUGUGCAAAGCGUGUUUGGCCAAAGGCGGCAGCAGCAGCGCGGGGCUCGGCAGCACGAUGAUUGGCGGCAGUCUGCACGUGGGCAGUUCGACGACUGCCAUGGGGAGCCACUUGUCGACGGCUUUGGGGCGGAGAGCGAGUAGCAUGAGCACGGACUCGGACGUGACGGGCAGUGCGGGCACGACGCCGGUGCCGACUGGAGCGGGUGUUGCGGGCACGAGCAUUGGGAGCACGAGCUCGUUGACGUCGAACGAGUCGCGGAGUCCGUCGGAUGACAACCCGGCGUCGACGACGCCACCGCCGCUGGUGUUUUCCAAGGGCUCUGCGCUGUCGCUGAACGACUUUGACGCGCACGUGCACCUGACGGACGACGCGAGUACCAGCAGUCCCCCUCCGCUGCAUAAACGGUCAUCGACUACGUCAAGUCAAGGCUGGGGGACAGGCUAUGAGGACCGACCGAUGAUGGGCACGAUGCAUCGCACGGCGUCGAAUGCGAGUAUCACUGGUAGCAGGAAGAAGGGCGCGGACCGGCGGGUUCAUUAUUUCAACGAGGACAUGGAAGAGAUAUGUAUGCUGGCUAUGGAGACACUGACUUGCCCCAUGGCUGGUAUUCGCACGGAAGAUUUUGAGCUCGUGAGGUACUACGACGGCAAGCCAGCUCCAGGUUUGCCGCGCAGUUUGCCGACGUUCCGACGACUUGCAACCCGUGGCAAGCCGUGCAUUGUGCUCGACGUGAGCUCGGACAAGCGGAUUUCAGGCGAGAAACGGUUUACAGCCAAGCUGCAGUUCUUCGUGGGGAUUCCGUUGCUCGUGAAUGGCGUCGUGGUGGGCGAUCUGUGCGUAGCGGAUCGCCAUGCACGCGACAAUAUUGAUCAUAAGCAGGUGGAGGUGCUCAAUGUUUUGGGCGAGACAGUCACGCAAUAUAUGCAGUCGGACGAGUAUCAAGAGGACUUGAUGGAGUUCAAGGCGGCAGCAAGUGUGGUGCGUCGACAGCCUCCGACUGGUCCGUCGUCUCAGCCAGUAGAGGAAGAAGAAGUGAACGUGCCGCUAGGAGAUACCAAGGAAGUUGCGUUUUGA